UGAAAAUUAUUCAAACACGUUAUAACUUUGAUUAGAAAUGGAAGUGUUUAUUUUAUUUUAUUUUUAUUAUUACGAUUAUUACGAAUUAAUGCACCUCCAGCACAAGAAUUUAUAGCACACCCUUGCGUUUUUGUGGGUGUUUGGAAGUUCUCGUAACAAAAACCAAACAGCAAGGGCAUCAGUGGGCGCCGGCUCUUCAAGGUCUUUAAACCGUAUCGUAAAAUAACUUCUCAUUUGUGUGUGCGGGUUACCAUGGUUACGCGCACCCCGAAAUAAACACUACACACAGAAAUUAAAGCGUGCACGCCACUGCGAUAUGGUUAAAUUUCAGACCAUUUUGUUCGUAAAAGCAGAAAAAUGUCCUGGUGGAACGAGAGCCGCCUGGAGUCACCUGAAAAUCUUCGACAGUUUAUCAAAGAUUUGAUUAAUACUGAGCUGAUUUCCGAGCAGCAAAAAAUCAAAAUUCACACUGAAGGCAACGGCAACACCACCAUCGCGAUAAAUGACCCUGUCCUUGAAAUGGAUUUUCGUCACAAAGAGGCAAAAGAAAUAAACGCUGUCAACCUUGCACAAAUGAAAGUCCCCAAACAACAGCUUAUAAAGGAAGCUCGAAGGAUUGUAUUGCAAGAGGAAAUCGAUGAAAAAAUGAAGCGACACCAGGCCGCUUCGUUUAGUAGGGAACUGCGACAGCUGAAAGAGGAUUUGGAAAAUUCAAGUAAGGCUUUGGCAUUCACACCGACAACAGAUUCGAAUCGCAGACGAUCUUUGAGCGCCACAAAAAAUUCAAGUGAUACAAAGUUGAGAUUGGAAAAGAGGGCGCAGAGCUGCACAAGCGAAAUAUUUAAAUGGAGUGGUUCUAAUGAUCAAGAAAAAAUACCGGUGGAGACUCCUGAAAUAAAUAGCAACUAUAGCAGCGAUUGGCACUCAGACUGCGAAAGUGGAAGCGAGGAAUACACUUCCGGAAGCGACUCAUCCGCCUCGACAAUAAUGAAAAGAAUUAAUGUCAGGAAAAAUAAUGACUUGAAAAAGCAGCAGGUUUGGCUGCCGCCGCUAAAAAACAUUUCGGUCACGUCAAAAACCGUAAAUCAAGUAGUUCAUGCACAAAAAAGCCCAAAAUUAGAGCGGAUCGAUCAAACGGAGGACAAAAUGCAUUUGAGAAAAUAUUGGUUGAUUUGGCGUGCGGUCGCAUUCCGCCAAAGAAAUUUGCUCAAAUUAAAGAAGCGCGAUGAAGAUCGAAGCAGUCAGAUCGAAGCGUUUGUGAGCCAAUUUGAAAGCGAUCAGAGUAAUUCCGAGUCGCCGAUCCUCUCAUUGGCCUCGACUGACAAUUCUAGGUCGAAAUCGAAAUACUCCAGUCGAAAAUCGAAUUGUAAAUCAUAUACAAGCAAGAAAACAAAAUCCUGCUCUAAUUUGGAGCAGAUCAUUCGCGACCAGAAAGCAAAAUUGCGCGAGCAAGAGGAAAUGAUCAGCAAAUUAAAACUCGAGCAAAUUCGCCUGGCCGCGGAGAAGUCGAAAAGGAGCACGCAGGAGCUGAUGGAAAAUAGUCUGAAAGAUUCGUCCGUUCCGCUGAAGAGGAAGCUGAAUUACCUGCGCUCCAGCUUUCCAGACAUUUUGGACAGUCGCAACUUUGAGAAGCCGCGGCCGUCGUUUCUAGUGCAGAUGGAAAAGCGGCACCAGGCGCGGAUCGAAAGGAAAAAAGAGCUGCGAGAACAAACCAGGUUGAGGAUUCUGGAGCAGAAACGCGUGCAACAGGAAAAGGAGGCGGCGCGCAAGGCUGAGAUCGCAGAGCAGAAACGGCUCGAGCAGGAGGCGAAAUUGGAGCAGAUGCAGUUUGAGGCCGAAAGGAGGGCCAACGAGGAGGCGGCGAGGGAGUUUUGCAGACGGCGGCGCCUCAGGAUGGCAUUUCAAAUGUUACGGAGGCUGCUCGACCAGAGAGAGCGGCGUUUAGAGAAGGCCGAUGAGUUGCGGCAGAUAAAACUUUUGGCUCAUGCCUUCUGCAGGUGGAGGGAAGCCACGAAGGAGAGAGUUAAGAUUAAAUUUGUAGAAGCGAAGCGACAUCAUCAAAUGCAGCUCACCAGGUUCGCCUGGAAUAAAUGGAGAGAGGUUUCUUUAGAGGCAAGGAGAGAUCGCCAAGUUGCUGAAGACUUUAGUGACCUCUCUGUUCAAGACCGAGCUUUCAAGAUGUGGAGAUUAACAACAAAGGAGGCUUACAAUGAAGUUUGUGAAAAGAUAUUUGAUGCCGAACUCCACUAUGAAAGGAACAUUAUGAGAAAAUGUUGGUGUGCCUGGAAAAAAUAUCACCUAGUCGUGGCUGAAGAAAAAGAAACGGAAUCAAAAAAGGAAGCUUUGAGAAAUGCAAUACGAGAUGUUCUGCCUGAUUUUAUGCCCAAUUUUAUGGAGCCUAAACGGCUGCCAAAUCAACUGUAAAAUAUAUUAAACUCUUUGAAAGUAAUGCAAAAGAUAUAAUUUUUGAUAAAAUUUCAAAUUGAAAAAAUAAAAGCAAAAAAACGCUCGUGACAAAAGGACACUGCUCUAGUUAUAAGUAUUUGACAUGAUUUUUAUUUUUGUGUGAAAAUAUUGAAGCCGGAUUUUACCGAUUUUACAUUUUCAACUAAACAUAAUUGUUUCAGCAGUAAAUUUUUCGCAAACAUGUCAUAAUAUACAAGAAAGAGGAAUUUCACCAGCCUUCAGAAUAUGACAUGUUGCGCUUUUGCUCUAUGAUUAACCAAUAAAAACUUACAAAGCCCAGAACUAACCCUUACAUUUUUUAAUUGUUUUUUGAAACGUCAAAAAUGACCACCGACUGUUUUGUAUCAUUGAACUGAUUGAACAUAAUUUUAAAACCAAAUUUAAGCUAAAAUUAAAUUUUCAAACCAAUUUUAAUUAAUUGGCCGGUUUCUUUAAAUCUCUUAAAAUUGCUAAAAUCGUCAAAUCAAAGAA